AGCACGUGUGACUGUUUACGGUUGCUUUUGGUAUCAUCUUUAAAACAGUCAACUUUAAUCACGUUAGACUAUUGGGGGAAAAAUCAUUUUCGGAAGUUUUGAACCCAUUAGGUGCAGUGUAUCAGCUCAAAACCCGACGAAACUCUGGUCUGCCUAGUUCUGUAGUUCAUUGCUAAAGUUGACUGUACUGACGCGGAUGGGAAAUCAUUGUAGAAGCCUUCCAGUAUCUGAAGAAUGAUAAUUUUGCUGCCAGUUAAAUUACCACUACAUGAAUAAAUUGUGAAGUCUAUCUUGUAGACAAACAUGACUUCCUCAAUGGUAGUUCCGGUUAUUGACGUUCAGAAUGACAACUUCAAAGAACUGUGGGCUGCAAUGGUGCUAGCCAUUAAGGCGUCCUCUUUCAUCGCACUUGAUACGGAGCUGAGUGGUCUUGGGAACAGAAAGUCUUUGCUGGCUGAAUGUAUAGAGGAUCGAUACAAAGCCAUUUGUCAUGCAGCUCGCUCUCGCUCUAUUCUCUCCCUGGGGAUUGCCUGCUACAAGAAACUGGACAAUGAGACCGCAGACACAUACUUAGUCCAGGUAUACAACCUGACCCUGCUAUGUUCAGAGGAGUACAUCAUAGAACCUCAGUCAGUCCAGUUUCUGGUGCAGCAUGGCUUUGACUUCAACAAGCAAUAUGCCCAGGGAGUCCCUUAUGUCAAAGGAAAUAAUAAGGGAGGAGCAGACAACCAAGGAAUCAGCAUCCGUGCAUUGUUCACAGAACUGCUUCGUGCCAGGAAACCCCUGGUACUCCACAAUGGCCUAAUAGACAUUGCUUUCCUUUAUCAGUGUUUCUAUGCACACUUACCCGAGCGCCUGGCUACCUUCACAGCAGACCUGUCGGAGAUGUUCCCAGCUGGUGUCUAUGACACCAAAUAUGUCACUGAGUUUGAGCUUCGCCUCACAGCCUCCUAUCUGGAAUAUGCCUACAAGAAAUGUAAAUUGGACAACAGCCGCAACAUGGCGUCUGCAGGGACAGGUCCUCACCUCCAUGUCGAGUUCUGUCAGUACACUGGUCAGAUGUGCAGCUACGUGGAUUACAGAGUUUGUCCGGCGGUGGCCUUUCCCGAUGUACAGCCAGACAUCUGCCAACGAUUCUCUGCAUUCGGCUGGUGUCCCAAUGGCUCCCGGUGUUCCUUGUCCCAUAACACCGACCUCAUCAUCUUCGAAGACGAGAAAGGAAAGGAGGACAAAAGGAAAAGGAGGAAGAGAAAGAGAGAGAAGAAACGAGGUAAAGGAGAGGAGACAGAGGGGUCCUGUUGUCUUGAAGGUGCUCCUGAAAACAAAAUAGCUCACAUAGAACUGGAUUCUAAAGAGCCAGCCAAAGACCAGAACCAGGGAGUGACCCCAAAGCCAUUGCCUGAAAGUGGAUCUGGAGCGAAAUCAGCCAGCUGUCCUCAUCAGACAACCAAGAGUCUCCCUGUGACCAUGCCUGAAGAGAGAAACAAUGUUUCUCCAUUUAGAACCGACUCUGGUAUGAUCAGCCAGCCUACAGAUGAGGGGAACGGAGUUUGCGAAGACGAUACAGUUCCCAAAACUUCUGCCACCACCACGACUGAUCGUGACACAGCAGAAAUCACAGCAGUCAACAAGAGCGAUGAUUCAGAGAGGACAACAGGAGGAGGGAGAGAAACUUCUAGCAAGGACUCUGCUAAGACUGAGGCCCAGAGGAAGAAGCUGGAGGCUGGAACACAUCGAGCAGGAUUCGACGCCUUUAUGACUGGGUACAUCUACGCCUAUGCAAGUGCCCUCACCAGAAGAGAAGGAAGUGAAGAUAAAAGGAAGAGGGAGGAGAAGCAGGAGGAUUUGUGGCUUCCUACCUGUCUGAAUAAAGUCUACUUGAGUGGGAAGGCAGUCCCUCUUAACAUAGUCAAAAGUAGUUUCGCCAAGUCAUCCAAAGCCCAUAUUCAGAAGAUGGAGAUGGUGUGGGGGAAGAGUUUAGCUAGCACGCUGAUGGACAGGAUGUAGCAAGGGGAACAUUUAACAAUCGUGUCAUUGAGCUAUGGAGGCUAAUUCUGUUUUUUCCUUUUGCUGGUCUAGACUAGAGUGGGAGUCUGAGCGCAGUCAGCUACAAAAUGGCAUGUUGGGAUGUAGUGACUUGCUCAAGGACACUUAAAGGAAAAUGCCGGCAUUUUUUAAUCCAAGCCAUAUUUUCCUAUUGUUAGGAGUCAAACUGAGCGAUGGGUAGCAGAUUCUUUUGAAUUAAGUAUUGAGGAAGCUAGCAUCAGUCGACUGCUGCACACCAAGCCACAAUAUAAUCCUCCACCAAAUAACAUCUACUAAAAACUUAUUUUUGGUGCCAACAGUUUUAGAACAAGUCACUUCUCGCAGGAUUACAGAACAAGACUUCUGCUUGAAAUAUAUUAUCUAUAUAACUCCUUGAUUGAUAUUGCAGCUAAGACUCUUUAGACUCCUCUCAUAACAUCCUGAGUCUGUUUGUACCAAAAAAGAGCUCUUCUAGUGGAUGUAAUGUGGUGAAGGAUUGCAUUUGCAGCUUAGUGGGAAGUAGCCUGUUGCUGUUAGCUUGCUCAAUACUGAAUCAACUUAAAAGAUUCUGCUAUUCAUUGCUUGGUUUAACAUCUUCACAAUCGAAUCCAAGUCAUCAGGAUGAGAGACUGUUCUUUCUAACAAUGAGGUCACUCUGCCACCUCAAGUGUAGUUAUAGUAAGUGAUAGUUUAGUUUUAAAGGAAUCUUUUUUUCUCCCCAGAACACUGAUUGACUGUUAACUCCUUUCUGCCAACUAUUAUCCUCUGUUUAUUUUUGUACCACAGAUCACACCAUGAUAAAGGACAAGGAAAAAAGUUCCUAAAAUUACAUAAUGAGGUGACUCAUUGGCAAGAGCACAUGUUUUAAUGAGACAAAUGUAUAGUGUACCCCUGAAUGUUGCACAACAUUGCUCUAUAUCUGUAUCACAGAGAAUAAAUUGAAUUUAAAUUGCUCAAAUGGA